CGUCAGACCAAUUUACUUAGAUGAGUGCAUCAUUUAGAAAGACACUUUGGCGGAAAUAUUGACAUGGAUUGGACUAAAAAACCAUUCAGCUCUGAAAACCAAUAACUAAUGUCAAGCAAUGAAGCUGUUGGCGCAUUAAAAUGAGAGCAGGUGCAAGUCAUCGACAAAAGAAAAUUCGUUAUGGCGAGCGACAAACCGUUGAGCAAUGAACUUGUUGAGAAAUAUCUGGAUGAUCAUCAAGAUUUUGCUAAGAGCUACUUUGAGCGAAAGGCAACUUCCUCUAUGGUCGAUCACUGGAUGAGCAGUAGAUCGCACAGACCUGGCUCACGGGCUAUGCAAGUGAACCAUCUUCAGAGAGACAGCAUCAAACCUCAGCUAAUUCUCAAAACAGAUGGCGAAUUCGAGAAUGACAAGCUGAACUUAAUAUUUAGAUCGGCUCGCGAUGAACGGAAACGUUCUUCACCUCGACAUAAAUCCAACCUCGGAGAUUUGGAUGAAAGAGAAUUGUUUAUGGAACUGAUAAGAGACAUUGCAAACGAGUUAGACAUAAAUAUGCUGAGCCACAAAAUCCUUGUUAACGUUAGUAUAUUGACAAACGCUGAUCGCUGCUCGCUUUUUCUUGUACGAGGUUCGCGUGGAAAUAAAGUUCUGGUAUCUAAGCUUUUCGACGUGACAUCUGAAUCCACGGUCGAUGAGUCAUUACGAUUGGAGAAGGACGAAAUUUGCGUUCCCUUAGGAGUUGGUAUUGCGGGACAUACGGCUGCUACGGGCGAAACUAUCAACAUUAAUGACGCAUAUUCGGUAAGUUCACGAAAGCUUUAUUUUUAAAAUUGUUUUAAUCGCAAUAAAUUUGGUGGAGAAAUAGAAUAUUGAAAUAAAACGAUUGCUUGUUUCCCCCCAUGGUUCACCAGGGAAACACUUUUACAACAACUUGUACUUGUUAUCAAUUUCUAGAAGAGCUCUGACCAACUUUUAUGGAAAUACUGUUUUUCGAAUGAGUAAACAAAGCUAGUUAAAAUCAACAAACGCUUCUUCUUGCACUGCUGUGACGAAAAGUAUACUUAUUGUUUCAGAAACAGUUUUUGAAGUAAUGAAAUUUGAUACGUAAAUGUUCCUACACAGCGAUACUGUUGAUGAAACCAUACAUUCGUAAAACUCCAGCUAUAGUGAGCAUUUUGCUUUGGAGCAGUACUACUUAUAUACCUCUCAGAUGUCGCAGAGAAAAAACAGAUUUAUUCAUUGUUAUUAUCCUUUUAGGCUGCUCUCCCAAGCAGCAUCGUGAGAGAUAAUUUCAGAAUAACCAGGGGUGUCCAACGGCACACAAUUGGCACAAUGAGGCGCUAAAGUCUUAAUUAAAACUCUUUGUUGGAUGUGAGGUGAUAACACCCCCAAGAGUUAGACUUGGUCUUACACAUCAACUCACGUGAAUAACCGCCAAUUAAGACUGAUUUUGACCGUGAUGAUAUUACUUAAGACACUUUCAAAGGUCAAUGAGGAGGAAUGAAGACAAGAUAAGAAAGUUUAAUGCAUUCCGUUGCACAUGAGAUUCUCAUUUGUUCAAAUUAUUUUUUACUCCAUUACAAAUAUUUCAUAUGUCAUUGGUAUGAUAAUAGUGAUCUCCUAAUAAAGUCUUUAUUUUAACUAAUUUUUACAUAAAUGAUUUAUUCGCUGUAGAAACUAUUGUUCUAUCACCGUUACCGCAUCAUACCGCCUAAGAGAAAAAUGAUAAACUUUUAUCAAAUUCCUAAAUAGCCUUCCCCAAAAAUUUCCUACCGAUUGGUUCACGGUCUCUCCCAUUCACGGUGUUGACUUGCAACGAUCGCUAACGAGAACAAACGAUUAUUUUUCCCAUACACAUACACAUUUCGACUUAUUCAUUUUGUCGGCAAUUAACUCUAGUCUGUCAGAAUAUUCACCGCAACUGAUUCCGACAUCGAAGUGAAAACUCCCUUCAUACAUUCAUGACAACUAAAUAGGCAGAGAGGGCCACAGCCGGUGGAAUAAGGAAAUAUAACAUAAUGAUGUUCAAAAUAUUUGAUUCUUAUAAUUAAUCUCCGCACUGGCUGACAAAUCUCACUUUUUGUUUCGUAUGAACCAAUUAGCUGUGACACUUGUUUCUAUCUCGCUCUGAUCGUUUUGCUUAACCUUCGCAUUAUUUUAAAGGAUUCUAAACCAUGUCGAUAAUUCUAGUAACGAAUAAAAUACUGUAAUUCCAGUUUAAGGAAAUUCAUUUGUCUCUUAAUGGGAGCUGAUAAGUAGGAUUAACUUACCUCUCAGACCUUUCACGAGAACUCUUCAUAGAUAAAUACCGUAUAAAGAAUGUGAAACCUGUUAUUUGAACCAACGUUAAAUGAUUUGUACACGAAAUCGCCGCUUUCAUUCGUUAAGUAAGAGAGUUUGAUGUGUUCUUGAAGAAAACCUUUUCUUGGUAUGGCACCAUCCCAAGAAAAUGCGUUUGUAUGCAUUUUGCUUUUGAAUAAGAGACUGAUCCCAGUUACUGCUCUUGUUACGAAAACCAAAGCAGUAAGAGGUAAUAUUUUUUUUCAAUACAAGGAUGACGAAAAGUUAGAUUUCCGAGAAGACGCCGUUACUACAUAUCCAUGAAUAUUGUACAGUACUGCUCAGUCGUGGAAAAGGUUAUUUAAGUUACCUUGCAACUACCUCAAAAUGAACACCUAGACUAUUUCUUAUUCGAGACAAGGAUGCUGUCAGUUUUUAAGGUGAAUUUUUUGUAGCACUCACACACAAGUAGUUUCUUGUAGAUUCUCGCGCGCGCAAUGUAAAGCUUGUCUAUUAAGUCAAAACACUAUUAAUGUGACAUCUCUAGCGAAAACGUUCGAUCAAAGGCAUUGACCUUUUUUGAACGUCCACCAGUGUAAAUGUCUGCAUAAUGUGCCCUCUGAGUAAACAGUCACAUAUCGGAGAGACAAAGAGGAGACCAUGGCCAGACGAUCGCUCUGGCCAACAUACGAGGGACAAAAGAAGCAGGGAAGAAGAUACCUCAUAGCGGCCAUUUUUAAGUCUAAUCUUCUCGUCGUUCCUUCGAGAACAUGGUGAUUUACAGAAUUUUUUCACAAAGCUACAGCACAAUUGGCAGUACUUCUUUGUGCUCCACACCGUGGCUCUCCUUGGGAUCAACAAACGCUUCUCAUUUAAUUUUUUUUCAAGUUUCCUCUUUACUGGCAAACUUAUCUACUUCAAUUCGACAUAGAGCUAAAGCUUGAAACGUCUCGUCUACCUCAAUCAACUUUUUUUUCUUUUUUUUUUUUUUUUAACAAUUAAUUAAUGCAAUUUGUUUUUUAGGAUCCUCGAUUUAACUCAGAAGUCGACAAGACCACUGGUUACCGAACACAGUGUAUUCUAUGUAUGCCGAUCAAAAGUCAUGAUGGCGAGGUAAAAACACAUUUGGUUAUUUUUUCCAUCCUUUAAUCUAAUGACCAGACUUGAUGGAGAUCAAUUGAACAACAUCAAGAAAAAAGAAAAAAAAAGGGAAACAGAGGGAAGCCACAUCGACAAUAUGAGAGGGUCUCCAAUAAGUUUUUCGGGAUCCGGGAUUGGGCUUAUUUAAAGGCCGGGAUCUGGGAAUUUAAAGUAAGAAGGGAGCGAGAUGCGGGGUUGCUAUUAUGAAUGGAACACGGGAAUCGGCGAUUCUGAGGAGCAGGAUUCGGGAAAUAAUCACUUAAACGAACCGAGAACCGGGAUGUCCGUUGACGAAAAUUUAUGGAGAAAUGGAUCUUCUCAGUCAUGAAAAGCACCAGGCGCAGAGUCUCUCUAGCUCUCUAAGUUGCCAAUUUAUCAAAAAUCCUAAAUAGCCCACAGGGUUACGUGGCAUCUAAGACUACUGUGUCAAUUGAAAUACUUAACGGCCUUGAAAAACCUCUAGCAAGUCUAAGAAUUAUACCGAUAUGACCUGUUGAGUAACAUGACACUAGAUGUGAAGAAUAGUUACUCGGUUGUGCGUCACAAAGAUAAACUAUUCACGGUGUUAGAUUACCCAAGAAACCUUGGAAAUGUAGCCAAAGAAGGCUCAAUGAGGACAACCCAUUGGGCGGCGUACUAUUUUACAAAUCCAAAUUCUUGGUAUCCUGUACCCGAACGUGCCAGGAUCCUCUCGGCCAUAGCAUCCAUUUCAACCAUUAUCACCUGUGCCGAUGGCACCACAGAGCGUACAGAAGAUUAGGGACUGGGCGUAAACAUUUGUUGCAGCAGUGCGUCAGCUCUCUGUCAGACAGGAAAAAACGAUGGCUCUGACUUCGAGGAGCAGCUAGAAAACAGCAGGAAACAAGGCGAAGAGGAAGAUGGAAUAUUGGAAUACGAUUCCUCGAGUGAUGAUGAUGACAUUCCACCUUUGGAACGAGAGGCUGAUUUUUACCUCGGAAGAGGUUUCUACUUCGAAAGAAGUAUUCGCUUCAACAGCAGAAUUGUGUUCAGUUAAUUUUUCUUUAUCUCCUUUGUUAUGGAUAUAUGGGAUUUCCGUGACCUUGAUAUUUUAUGCACUUGUAGAAAUUGUUAUUCGUUUCUUUGAUACUGACUGCCUGUACCUUUACGUUUGUCCGUGAUUGAAUUUUGAUGAAAGGAAGUCGUUACCGUGACUAGCGUACGUUAUUCCUGCAAGACGUUGCAAACUUCUAAUAUGAACGAUAUCAUCAUUUUGGUGAAAAUUGUUACAGAGAAAACAGAAAACAAGAAAACAAGAGGAAACACUUAUGCCUGAUAGUGACCAUAGACUUCAACGGAUCAAUGCUGGUUAAGAAAAUCAUCACUGACUGGAAAGGUCCUUCUUGGUUUAGGAAAUGGGCUAAGACAAAAUUGUAUGAUCGCGAUCGUGAUUGGCCGGUAUCAACCAUCGGGAUUACGGGAUUGAGAGAAAAUUUUAGUCGGGAUCGCGGGAUUGAAGAAUCAUAUUGGGGACCCUCAUAUGAAUGAGAGUUCUUUACUCAAAAUAAAUCCGGAUUACCAUCAAAAAAUGAAGACGAUGAAAACAGGCCCAUGGUGAAAAAUGCUGAAAACGCCUUUUUCUUUCGAGUGUAUUUCUCCUCAAUUCAUCGCCAACCUCAUCUUUUUUUUUCUUCAUUACAAUACAGGUAAUCGGAGUAGCGCAGAUCAUAAACAAGAAGUCAGGUAAACACCAGUUUACUCAAAAGGACGAAGAGGUAAGUCUUUGAGCCGCGAAAAAUGGUUAGUAAUACAGUAAUAUAUCAACAUAGCGGAUGAAUUAGCGCUGUUCUUUUCAAAAAUGAAAAUAUCUUUCUUUGUCGCUUUCUGAUAAUUUUUCGAGGUUUUUUUGUUUGACAGCACCACUUCAUGGUGCCCCACUUGCACCCAUAGCACGUUGUAAAUCCGCAAUUAUCACUAUAAGACUUAAACACAAACUGAACACUCUUUUUUCGCUCAAUUUUAGGUUUUCAAGAAUUAUCUAACUUUUUGUGGAAUUGGGAUUACAAAUGCUCAGCUUUUCGAAAUUUCUGUACAGGAGUACAACAGAAAUCAGGUAUUACGAAGGAACAGGUGCCGUUCAGGAUAGAUCAGAUGUGUAGUAAAGUUGACAGCUAUGUGAGCUGAUGUACGUAAGUUUACUGAAGGUGUGAAAAGUUUCUGUACAGGAGUACAACAGAAAUCAGGUAUUACGAAGGAACAGGUGCCGUUCAGGAUAGAUCAGAUGUGUAGUAAAGUUGACAGCUAUGUGAGCUGAUGUACGUAAGUUUACUGAAGGUGUGAAAAGUUGGAAUUGUUCGGAUUUGGUGUUUUGCUGGGCGGGGACAUGUUGGGUGCUUACAAUACCGUCUUAUGAGAGGCCUUGGAUUGUUUUCAAUCAGGUGGAUGGUUUGUUUUCUUCUCAGCGUAGAGUGGAAUGGUCUGGUGAAAAGCGUGUGUAUUCACCUUUAAACCGUUGACGUUGAGAUUGUAAAUAGAGUAAUGAAGAAAAGUAAUAACAACUGGCUAACUCUACGGGGCCAUUACAGAGCUCUUCAGAGCUCGUAUGGUGCUUAAGUGCUUAGGGCGAAAUCCGUGAUGUUUGUUCUUUGCUAUCGCAAAAAAAUCAACAACUUUCCUUUAAACCUUUUUGGUGGACUAAAAUUAGUCAUUUUUUUUGAAAAGCCCUGAAUUGACAGAUAUUGCCGAUUUUCACUCACAUUACUUUAAUUGCACAAUACUGUUAUAUAACCAAAUUGUGAUCUGGGUUUGCCAUGUGGUGUACCGACUGAAUUGUAGAUCCUUCUUCAACUUGCACGUGGAAUAUUUGAAGAGCAGAGUAACCUAGAUACAUGUGUCCAUAACAUUAUGGUUGAAGUACAACAAUUACUUGAUGUUGAAAGAUGUAUGGUUUUCCUCAGGGAUGAGUCUUGCGAAACUGUAAGUGAAUAUGAGGCAGAUAUUAUUUCCUCUUGUUUGUUUUAUGUAAAAGUUAAUCUUGUUUCGCUUACUUUACCUCGUUACUGAGGGUGAAAAGCACCAUCACAGAAGAUAAAUAGUCAGUCAGGUAAUUAGUGGAUGCCAGAUAUGAAAAAUCUCUUCUCACUGAUAUAGUAAUCUCAGGACUAGAUGGGGAUUCAGUUGUACUAUGCUACUGGAGACAGCAAGUGAGUUAGGAAUGUCCCAAGCUCACACACUAACACAAAAACAAAUGAACCUUAUUUCAGUGAUAUUCUAAAUCAACCUUGGUUAUACUUCCACGAAAUUAUCAUUUUGGAUUUGAAAAGUAUUUAUUCAAAUAUUUUUGUCUGCUAUUCUGUGGAACCAGUUUUAAGUGGGCACCACUUUUGGUAAAGGUUCUAUGGUGACCUCAUGUUCAGUGUUAUCUGUCUUAUAUGGCAAAAUUUGUCUUAUUUGUCUUAUGUGGCAGAAAUUCUGAGUCCUCCCUCUCCUGAGUUUAUUUUGCACUGUAUUACUCUACCACUGAUUCAUAUGUGCAUGUGUCCUGCACACAGUCAGGAUGAGUAAUGUUGUUUACAUGAGUAAUGUUGAUUACAUGAGUAAUGUUGAUUAGAUUAAGAUAUGUCAUGAAUUUAAAGCUCACUCAUCUAUUUAAUGCAGAUUUUACAUGUUUUGAUAUAGGCAAAAGACAAAAAUUUAAGCCUGUGUCUUCAUUAGGGACAUGAUGACAAAUUUUGAGCACAAUGACAUGUACAUUAUUCUUUCAACAUUUGUGAUCCUGAAGAUCAAUAACAUUGUUUGUGUAAAGUAAUUGAUUAUAAAACUAUUUACCUGUUUAAUAGCAAGCGACCAUAUUUUCCAAGGCCUUUGAUCUUCACCCAGGAGCUGUUAAUGAUACAGGACCAAAGUAAGUUCAGUGAAGCUUUUAUGUUGUUAUUUCCUUUCAAUUUUAUUUUUUAGACUGAAUAGUUUUAAAUGAAAUGGUAGGAUACUGAAUUACACAUCGCUAUGAGUUUGCUGGUUUUCCUUUACCAAAUAAGGCAUAGAAAUAGACAUGUUUCCUUGACAUGCUAAUUGUCAUGUCUGAAAACCAAACAUAAGAUAACUUGGUUCAGAUCUAUAUUUUCUCAAAAACAGUUCUUUCUGAUCCUUGGGAAAUGUCUCACAAAUGAAAGUAGUGCACUCUUUCAGAGCUUAUCUCUUUCUUGCAAUAUAGGUUAAAGUGACAGGGUAUAUGAAGCUUUUGUCUUCAAAGUUGCCCCCCCCCCCCACCAUCUGUAGGAUGUCAUUAUCGCAAAAAGUUUGCCCCAUUUAACAGAACAAGUUAGCCAUCAGAAUUUUUAACUUGUUUCCUUAAGCAAAAGAGGUUUCUUUGGAAAAUAAAGAAUGUCAUAUGUGGACUACUUCUUAAGCACUGGAAAGUCAUUACUUCUUGAAUGUGAACUUGUCACACAUUGAUUUGUGCUCACUUCAGAUCUGUUAUUUGAUCACUGUGGUAAGUUGUAACAACCUGUUUACUUUCCAGAAAGGACUGGCUUGCUAUAUGUUUGUGGGUAUUUUUUUUCAGUUGUCAUCUUUUCAUUAACCACGUUAGCAGUAUUAUCCUACAUGUACAUUGCAUAAAGCACAACACAGUUAUCCACAGUUAUAUAUUACACCAUGAAACUGAUUGGAAAAUCCACACAAAAUUCUGUAUGUUAGCCUUUGUUUUGAUCAUCAAAUUCAUUGUAUGUGAAUCUGAAAGAAAGUUAAGACACCCUUGACAUGCCAUACCACAGCAUGUGUGCCCAUGUAUUUACUUAAUUUCAGUGUCAAGGAUCACUUAUACUUGUGUUUGGUUUUUAUUGCAGGACAAGUAAAACUCAUUGGUCAAUGAACACUGGUAUUGCUUCAUUGGUGGGAAGUUCUGGCAAGGUAUUGACCUCCUUUUAACAAGUAUGGAGUUGACAAGAAGUAAAGAUUUUAGCAUCAUUGUAAUUAAGUGAUUUCAUAAUUCUGUGUAUAACACAAUAUACAAAAUGUGUUUUGCUCAACUUCAAGAACUUGAAUUCAAGCAAAUUGUAUCAUAGAGAGUUGUUACUUGCACUAUUGGAAUUGCAAAAAAAUAAUGAAAUUAACAAUUACUAAAUCAUGUUGUUAGGCUUUGAAUAUUCCUGAUGCCUAUGCUGACAGUCGGUUUAAUCCAGAGGUAUGUAUAAUAAAUUGUAAUGACCCUAGUCACUCGAUAACUGCUGCUUUCAUCUUCUCUCUUUUGAAUGCCUGGUUGUCUACAAUUGCCUAGCCUUGUUUGCAUAUAUUUUUCUUCCUUCAUUCCAUUCUUUCACUCUUUCUUUUUUCCUCUCUCUCUCUCUCCUCUCUUUCUUUAUUUAAUUAUUUAUUUACUAGUUAUUAAUUCAAGAGUCAUUUUUGCACACAUUUUUGUACAGUAUUUGGGAAAUUUCAAUUUAGUUAGGGCUGGUUUAUGAUAAUCAUUAAUAGUAAAUCUAAACAUGCUAAAAUGUUUGCAUUCAACUUUAAGCCUACCACCAAAUUAAAAAUUGUCAUACAAUUGACACAAUCUGUUCUCUGAUUCAACCAAAAUUUACAUAUUAUAAAUAAUUGUUUUACGUCAAAUAAAAACAAGAUUAAAUUUUUUUUUCUAAAAAAGGGAUGUGUUUCUUUGUUGUUGUCAUUGUUUUUAAAAAUUAUAUACUAUUUGUUUUUGGUAAUGCUGCCUUUGAUUUCUUUCAUAGGGAGAUAUUGAAAGUGGAUUCAAGACAAAGUCUAUUCUUUGUAUGCCAAUUUUUGACAGACAGCAGAAAAUUGUAGGCAAGUACAUGCAUUUGUUGUUAAAUUAAGACACCUCAGUUUGAGGAACUGCUGGAAUUUAGUACAUCUUUCCUUACACAAGAUCAAUCAUCCUAACCCUAACCCUAACCCUAAGCAAUUUUCUCAGAUUUCCCUUAAAUCUGGAGGUCAAAGAAUGGUGAUCUGGAAACUACCCACAAUACCUUCUGGGGUUGUCGUAUGCGCUUCUGCACUUUUUUUUCCCCAUCAGACUUUAUCAAAACAGCUGUAGUGUUCUUUUUAUUUCCAUCUCAACUCAAAUUUUGUCCCAAGUUAAUAAAAAACAAUAUUUUUUAAUUCAUCAUGAUCUAGCUUAUAAUAAUAUUUUCAUGAAUAUGUGGUCAGUCAUUAUGAUUGAUUUGGUUCAUAUUUCUUGUCAAGGGAGACAUAGUACUAAUUCCACUGAACCAUUAUUAUUUAUGUAGGUGUUGCACAGUUGCUCAAUAAGAACAGUGGUAAACCUUUUACUGAAGGUGAUGAGAAGCUUUUUGAGGUAAAAAGAGUUUUUUUUAACUGACAAUAUUCUGAAGAGGUCAAUUCCUUUAAUUUUAGUGUCUUUUUUAUGUUACAUUUAAUUGAGUAAUCUUUACCUUCCAACAGGCAUUUGCAAUCUUCUGUGGCCUUGGAAUUCACAAUGCCUUGAUGUAUGAGCAGGCUUGUAAGCUGCUUGCUAAGCAGUCUGUUGCUAUGGAGGUACAGUAUAAUUAUAAUUGUCAUCAUCUUAAACCUUUUUUCAACCUUCUUUAAAUUAAAGGUUGGAACAGCUUGUGAAGUCAGGGUCUCUGGUUAAAAUUUGCAAUUACAUGCAUAUGCAGCUGAAGUAUUAAAUGGAAAUUCUUUAAGAUCUAAAUUUACAAUAUAGGGUAUAUCUUUUCCUGUACAAUUGAAAAAUGCAUGAAGGACUGAUAAAAGCAAAUAUUGCCCUAUCUCUACCUUGAAAACUAUACGAAAGCCUUUGUGGAGCCUUGCAGCCUUAAUUUUUAAACAUUCAUUUUUCCAGGUGUUGUCAUACCAUGCUUCUGCUCAGCAAUCAGAAGUUAAUAAAAUAAUGGUAACUACACAAUUUGUUUAAAAAAAAAAACACUUCUUGCAAUUCUGUUGUUGCUUUUUUUUUAACAUGGAAGAAUUAAUUUUACUCUCUUAAGUUACAGUAUCUCCUUUCUGACAUACACUGUAUAUGCACAAUGUAUAUAUGGCACCAGGAUGUAAUGGAAGAAUUUUUUAUUAUACUUCUCUUAUGUUAGUUCUGUUAUCAAUAACUUUGCAAAAUGACUCAAAUGAAUGUGAAAAAAUUGAUGUGGAUAUGUGUAGUGACUGUUGAAGGAGGAGUUUAUUUGAUCAGUACCUAUCAAGUUUCUAAUAUUAUUCAAGGCAAAAAUCUGUUGUGUUUUUCUGGUCUCCAAUACUACUGAAAGAUUUUGAUCGUCUUUUUCAGAGUCAGGAAAUUCCUUCUGCUAAUGAUUUCAAGCUGUACACUUUUGACUUCAGUGACUUUGAAUUGACAGAUGAUGACACUAUCCUUGCAUCAAUACAAUUAAUGCAGGAGCUUGAUUUCAUGAAUGCUGUGCACACAAAGCAACCGGUAACUUUUUUUGUAAACAAUUCAUAUAAUUAUAUAUAUAUAUGUGUGUGUGUGUGCGUGUGUGUGUGUAAUAUAUAAAUGAAUGAGGGGAUAAAGUCUACCUUGGCAUAAAGUGCUCAAUGCUGUGGUAGCAGAGCUAAGUACACAUAAGUUAAAGAAUUAAAGAGGACCCAUUGAUUCUCUAUGACUCUGAGUUUCGUGCCUAAGUGCUCGUCAGACAGUGCAUACAUACAUGUACACACAGUACAUACAUACAUGCAUAUAUAUGCAUACAUAUAUGUAUGUGUACAAGUUGUCUUUGAUCAUAUUCAGAUGUUAAUUUGUGCCUAAUAAGAAAUAAAUUAUUAUUAAAUAAUUAUUAUAAUAAAUUGUUACUGUCUGGUGUGGAAUUUGGAUCAUAUUUUAUAUUAUGAUUGUAUUAAAUGUUAAGUCAGUUAAUGAAUGUAUUCCAAUAUGAGGAAUCAAAGCUGACUUGAUCUCUCUAUUCUGUACUGUCUCAGACACUCUGUAGAUGGUUACUGAGUGUAAAGAAAAACUAUCGACCUGUCAUUUAUCACAACUGGAGACACGCCUUUAAUGUGGCACAGAGCAUGUUUACAAUGAUUACAGUGAGUUGAUAGUUGUUUACUGCAACUUCUAAGGAAGUUUGGUCUUCAACCUUUGUUAUGAGGGUGUGAUCCAUCCAUUGGUGCUAUUGUCAGAUUUUCCCCUUGAAGGAUUGGAUAGAAUAUGAUAGAGAUGACUGCAGUAUAAGCUAUGGGUAAAUUAGAGGUGUGAAGUUUGUUCUUAUACAAUGUAGAGAAUAAAUUUAAGUAUUUGGAAGUGAGAAUUAUUUCUGAUAUUUAAGGCUUCCAUGGAAUUGGAAUAGAGACAUGAGUUAGAAUGAGCAUUUGGCUCAAUUUCUUAGAGGUCUUUCAAUUUAAAAGUUUUCAGAACUAAUUUGGUUAUCCUCAUCAACAAAGCUGAUAUAAACAUGCAUGACUUCAUAAUUAUGUUAACUAUGACUGAUUUGUGUCUAAUAUAUUAAUUUUUUGUUCAACAGACUGGUAACAUGAGAAGGUUUUUCACUGAUUUGGAGGUGUUUGCUUUGGUCAUUGCAUGUUAUUGUCAUGAUCUUGAUCAUCGUGGUACCAAUAAUGCAUUUCAAACAAAGUAAGUGAACAGAGAUGUAUGUGAAAGCAUGGAAGGAAGAAAACCCUUACCAUAGUAUACAAAAAUAAGGAGCAUACCUAUAUACUUCGCUAGAGACAGCAUGGUGGAGUGGUUAAGGCACUGUACUUGCAAUCUGUUUGGUUCUGGUCUCAUGAAUUAAUUGAAGCAAGUAUGCAAAGUUGCUCUUGUAGGAACAUUUUUUAAAUCAGGUAAUGCACUGUAAAUGUAUAUUACAGUACACUGUGUAUUUGCUGAUUAAACCAGAAAAGACGUCUGAAGCAAUAAUAAAGACGAAAAGCAAUAAUUGUUCUUGGAGUUUUUAACUCGUGAUGCGCGAUAGCGUAGCAAAGAGUUGAUAUGGGCACUUUGGGAUAUGCAAAUUGGAGUGGACUCUUCGUUAUUAGUCGUAAUUAGUCGGCUCCGAACUCGAGAGCUAUCCUUCCGAAGAAGUCCGAAGUUCAAGCGCCAUUGUGAUUGCAUCGAUCGUUGCGAUGUUUGUUGCUUUACACGACUGUUUCGACAUUUACUAAAUUGAAAUGGACUUCGAAUGUUUCAGAUUAGUGUUAUGAUCAACUUAAAGACCAAAUUUGAAGGGUCUUCGAAUCGUCCAUGAGCUAAACAUAACGAGGAGCAGCGAGAAUCACCAAGAGUUUGUGAGUGACAGAGCAAGCUGUUGACGUAGAAAUUCCCACGGAAACAUGUACCCAUGACCUAAAAAAAAUGUUAAUUUACGGCACUAUUUCUUUCGUUUCAGGCGUUUUUUUACGUUUCGGCAGCUACGCCAAUUUCAAACUUUUCGCAAUGGUCGUUUCGUUUUGUUGUUUUUCUAUGCAAACGUGACUUUCUAAAUGGUAAGAAUGAAAUAUGACCGGUUUCUACAAGUCGUUGCCAAGUACGUGACCAUAAUCUGGUCGGUGAUGUUUUGAUCACUUAACGAUCUUUUUCGCUCAAAACACACGACGACUUCCCAUUUCAAGGAAUGUUUUUCCAAUAAAUUUCUAUCGCAUCCGUGUUAAAAUAUACAAGCAUAGGCGUGUACUGAAAAACAAAAGGGAAAUUCAAAACUACGAAAAAUUGCGAGUAAUCAACCUCUUCUGCAACACGCGGGUUUUCUGGUGUAGCAUGCGUGUGUUUCCCAUAAGUUAGGGCCUGUUUACAUGGAAGUGGGGGACCCCAGGUAGGUGAGGUAACCCGCCUAGCCGUGGUCGAAAAAUAAAACACGUUUACAUACAAUCUUACGACCCCGGGGUGCUGAGGUGAGGUUUCCUGAGGUUGUUGCUACGCUUGCAAUUAGGGAGUUUGAGCAUGGGCGUCCAAAGCUCACAUCUCGAGAAAGACUAAAGAUUAAUUAUUGGACACGUAUGUAUUUAUUCAUGAAAGCGUCACGCGUUGUGUUACGCGGUGUUAGGUUACGCGAGGAACCAUUGACUUAAUACAUUAUACGAAAUAGUUUGAAACGUGGUCGAUUUACAACGCUAAAUAUUCCGAAUGUGAACAUUUUAUAUUCCUUGUGUGUCCUUUGUGGUUUCUGGUGAUUUUUGCUAUGAGACGGCUGGGAAAUGUAAAAAGUUUAAAAACAUACGUGUUUCGCUUUGGAGCUUUUUGCCAUGAACGCGACCCCGGGCAAAUUGUCACCGGGCAACCCGCCAAGACGGGUCAGCCCUCUUAUCAUGUGAACAUGAUCAAGAAAAAAUAAGAAAGUAUAUGGACAGGCGGGUUACCUCACCUACCUGGGGUCCCCAACUCCAUGUGUAAGGGCCUGUUUACAUAUGUGUCCGAGAAUUACAUACUCAAUUUCUUUACUUGCAAUGGUUCUAAUUUCUAUCUUCUUUUGUAACACCUUAGUUUAUUGUUGAUAAAAUAAGUUUGCCACCGUAAAGAGUUUCCAAGCUGACGUUUCAAGCGUCAGCUCUUCGUCAUUCGCUUUGACUAAGGGCUAACGCUCGAAACGUCUACUUUGAAAAUUCAUGGUGGCCUAUUUACGUUAUCAACUCAGUUGAUAAAACCAAAUUACCUUGUUGUACUCUCCCACCAAUGCAGCACCACAGUUUCUAUAUAAACUUAACCCCUAUAUACUGGUUGCUUACGAGAUUGCCUGUUUAGGGAGAGUUGACUGUUUUCUAUAAGUUAUCAUGUCAUUUCCAUGAUAGGACAGAAUCUCCGCUGGCCCAGUUGUACGGCACUUCCACCAUGGAACACCAUCAUUUUGAUCACUGCAUUAUGAUCUUAAAUUCAGAGGUAAGUGCACUGUUUCUGUGGCUGAAAAGGUUUGUGAAAGCUAUUAUUCAACAGUAUGGAGAUUAACUGCAGUGAAGUCAAUAUUUGAGGAAUUUGUAAUGGUUAUUAUCAUCAUCAUCAUCAUCAUUAUCAUCAUUAUUAUUAUGAUUAUUGUCAUUGUUAUUAUUCUUAUUAUCAUCAUUAUGAUGGAUUGUCAACUCCUAAGCCAAUAUGUGUUUACUGUGACCCUUAAGGCAGCCGACUUCCGUUCAACUGCCGGCCGACGCUUUGAUAAGAUAUAAUUGUUUAUCAUAACAAUGCGUCAUUUUAGAUCACACUUUUUCCCUGCUUUAAGGUAGUUUAUUUAAUCGUUUUGAAGGGAAACAAUAUAUUCGAGGAGUUGUCACCAGAUGAUUAUCGAGCAACAAUCAAGAUUUUGGAGCACGCCAUCUUGUCCACAGACCUUGCGCUGUAUUUCCAGUAAGUAAACUUUAUUAAGCUACGUUUGUUUCAUCGUUUUCAUCAUCUUAGGGCUGGACAUGAAAUACUGUCAAGCAGCAUGAUGAAUACUUCACAAUUAAUUUGUUUUGGUUGUUAACUGACCAUCUGUUUUGGGUGAUUUGUUAUAAACAUAAAGAUAAAGAAUAGUACUCAAUUUGCAAAACAACUCAAUCUACUUCGACGGACACUGUAAAAGCUGCAAUGAAUCCCUAGUUCGGCCAAUGGUUAUCACACAAAAUAAUUAAUGGCUUUGUUUGACAUGGGCACUGUCACAGGAACGUGCUACACCAUUUCUGGUUCUAAGCCGAGUUACAUCUAUUGUGAUAUUACUGGUUGCCAUGAGUUAGAUGAAAUUUCGAAAUUCGGUUUACCCACGAACUCUAGUGUAGCCCUGUUUCUUUCACUCGUCGGAAUCUACAACGGUUUGCUGAGCAUGUCACUAAUACUGAUUUAAAGUCGGAUAUCUUGCAGGAAGAGAGGCAAUUUUGAGCAGAUUGUACAUUCAGACUCAACUGACUGGACUACACAAUCCAACCUUGAAAUUUUAAGAGCAAUGAUGAUGACAGCUUGUGAUGUGGCAGCCAUCACUAAGCCGUGGAACGUCCAACAGCAGGUCUGAAUUAUCCUUCUAGGAUGUGUUCAAUAAGAGAGACAAAGGCAGAGGUUCACACCGUACUUAUGUUUGUCGCAUAGGAUCGAAAAAGCGUGUUGGUUGUUUCACCAACAGUUUCAUUGCUCUCUGCCUUUUUUUCGCAAGUCUUGCUGUGAUACGUGGGCUCUCGAGAAAAAAUAACUGUUAGAGCUGGCUUGAGACUUUUCUUUCGCGCGGGAUCCACACCAAAACAUGGUUCGAGAGUAGCCGCUGACCUGAUUCUCGAAUUCGAAUACAAUUCUGGGUUUUAAAAUGGGUCGCCUUUGAAUAGAAUUUGUGAAGGCUUUUUAAAAUCGUAAAUCUUUAAACAGGUAGCUGAGCUAGUUGCAAGCGAGUUUUUCGAACAAGGUGACCUGGAGAGAUUACAACUCAAUUCUGAACCUAUUGUAAGUAUCAUGUAACCUAUUAAUUUUUAAGGAAGAUGCGAUCUUCACGAUGUGAACCGUCGAUCUGUCUGUAGAUGACCAUCACAAAAUUAUGCUUUGAGGUGUAAACCGUUAAUCUGUUUGUAGAUUACCAUCACAAAAUUAUGCUUUCAGGUGUGAACGGUAGAUCUGUUUUUAUACGACCAUCACAAAAUUAUGCUUUGAAGUGUCGUACAAUUCAAUUAAAUUGUAUGGCAAGGUAGUCCUGAGGUAAAGCGUUUUGAUUGGUUCUCAUUUGGUCGGACCCUUUCCACGGAGACGGACAUGAGGCGUGUAUUUCGUUCGCGAAAGCCGGGAAAUUCAAAGCAAGUUUUUUCCGAGUGCCGUAUAAUGAACUACUUACAAACCUCGUUUGCUCGAGUCGCACAAGGGAAUAUUGGCCCUCGGUAUUUUUUGGACGGACCUCUCUACACUCGCUCCGUACUGCCACGACUUCAAGUCAAUAUUCCUCAGUACGGCUCUCACACUCGUUUAGUAAGAACUUAAUAUUUCUUGAAUCAGGUAUUUUCUCCGCAGACAAGUGAUCUAUUUUAUCAUUUUUAAAGUUAAAUAAAAUUGUUUUCUGUGGCCCUUUGAGGUUCUGAACUAGGUAUGAAAUUUAUUUUCUCAGCAAUCAUAUGAACCACAUUCUGUACAGUUUGAUAUAAAAUUACUUACCCGCAUUUAUGGUGUCGUUAUAGCCAAUGAUGGAUAGGAAAAAGAAAGAUGAGCUCCCAAAGAUGCAAGUUGGUUUUAUCGACUUCAUCUGUAUGCCGGUGUAUCAGGUAGGGUUCACUGGUGUUUUUUGUAAAGGGUAAACUGUUUAGUUGAUCUGCCUUGAACUUAACUUAAUGUCGUGAUGUCAUCUGGCCUAGCUUUAUAAUGCGCUCUUUUCCCGCAGUUAUUUUAUGACUUGGAACCUUGUCUGAAACCUCUUUAUGAUGGAUGUGUUAACAACAAAAACAACUGGCUGGCCUUGGCGGAUAAGAACACUCAGGAAGGUUGGAACCCUAUCAAUACUAUUGUCAUUUGUUGGAGUGCUUGGCUAGUAGACGAUAGACGGGGGGGGAGGACGGGGGCUAAAUGUUGGCUUUUUUGAUUGCUUACUCCAUCCUGCAGCUGUCUAGUUUGCCCACUACUUCGUCAUCGUCUAUUUGCACAUAAUUCUUCACUGGAUGUCGUGACAGAAAAAGCGUCUUGUGGAGCGCAAUAUACCUCAUGCUCGAGCAAACACACACGAUUUUGAAGUGAAGAAGUUGAUUUUGACAUAUUCACAGUCAUUUAUUCAUCACUUAACGGGUCUAUAUGGAACCAAUAUAACGUCUAGCUCUCAGUUGGCUUGUUUGCUCAGUUGGUAGAGCACUGCACCGGUAUCUCAAAAGUCAUGGGUUCGAAUCCUGCACAGGCCUGAAUUAUUUUCAGGCCUUAUUUUCACUACUGCUCAAGUAGCGUUCAUUACUGCGAAGAUCGCGUUCAUAUUCACGUUUUUAUCCGCAUUUCACAUAUAUGAUUUUGAUAUAUUCACUGUCAUUUAUUCGUCACUUAACGGGUUUUUAUGGAACCAACGUAACAACCAGCUCCCAGUUGGCUUGUUAGCUCAGUUGGUAGAGAAUUGCAUUGGUAUCGCAGAGGUCAUGGGUUCAAAUCCUGCACGGUCCUGAAUUUUUUUCAGGCCUUAUUUUUACUGCUGCUCAAGUAGCGUUCAUUACUGCGAAGAUCGCGUUCAUAUUCACGUUUUUAUCCGCAUUUCACAUAGCUCAGUUGGUAGAGCAUUGCAUUGGUAUCGCAGAGGUCAUGGGGUCAAAUCCUGCACAGUCCUGAAUUUUUUUCAGGGCUUAUUUUCACUACUGCUCAAGUAGUGUUCAUUAUUGCAAAGAUCGUUUCAUAUUCAAUACGUGUGAAGGUGUAAUUGUACCCAAGCGAAGCCCCGAUCAGCCUCUGAUUGGCGUGAUAAUAACACAUUUUAUCGAAAAAAUCGUAAGGAAUACCAUAGAGAAUAUUACUUUGUUGAUAAUAAUCUUUAAUCAGAAUGCCAACCUACGUUGUAUGGAGGAUUGGUAACUAAACCAUUAAUCAAAAUAGUUAGAGAAUGAGUUCAUUCUAUUUUGGCCACGCACUCCUAUGAUCUGAUGGAUCUUUUGUGUCUAUAUGUCAAUGGACCUGUAACCAAGGGCUCACAAGCUGUGUACCUCAGACCCUUUUUACAGAGUAUGGAUGUUUUUCAGACAAGUGAAAAUGUUCCAGUGAUUUAGCCUCCAUCUCCCAAUGUAAUCAUUGCACCGUAUGAUCACUGUUACUCUUCGGGUCGAAGCAUUACUGUGCUAUUUGUUGUCAAUAGCAUUCCUGCUACUUCAGUUAUGCAUACUCUUUUAUUACUGGAGGUAACUAGAAUUGUAUUGUAGAUAGAUUACAAAUUUUCUUUCUUCAUUUUUUAGCAAUGAUGGACUCAAAGGAAGACAACAGCGAUGCAAAUAACAAUCACAAGGACUUAGCUGCCAAGAAAAACGAUAAACUAAUAACACCAGAACGUAAGGUUUCUCAAACAAAAGAUUCAACUAGUGAGGGAAAAGUAAGAAACAAAGACAAGAAAUCGAAAACAUGCAGUAUCUUGUAAGACAGUUGUUUCCAUGGCACUAAUUGAAAUUUUAAUUAUUUACAUAGUGCUCGUUUGCUUUGUCUCAUUUAAGAGGCUACGAGUACUUUCUUUAUAUUCAUGGAACAUAAUUUUUGGGUCUACUCCCAAUCCCUUAAAUGUUUAAGACUCUAAAUUUCUAAAUUGUUGGCUUUUUCACUUCGUUUGCCAGUGCAAUUUAUUUAAGUAACGUAACUACUAUAAAUUUAUUUAUGAAGACUUGAUUGUUUCUCCUGUGAAUAAGAAUGUGAUACUAAGCAUUAUGGACUUACUCUGUACAAAGAAAUAACAAUACGACGCAAC